GGGAGGGUAAUUCAAACAGCUGUCAAAAGACUUAAACUCAACCGCGUCUAUUUCCUAGCUGUGUUGUAGUAAUACACGCUAUACAUUCGCCCGUGUACAGGUGUUAAGACUGUCAAACAUCCCGAUAUACGGUUACCUGUGUUUACCGUUAGUUUUUGUGUAAUGGGGAUUCAUAAAGCACCUGUUUUGAGGCAAUCUGAUUUUCAUAAAUAACCCCGCUACAUUUCUGUGGUAUAAUAUUCAUCAAGGGAGGAAUCUUAUUCAGGUGUCAGCCCAGUUAUGUAUAGAAAGACCGGAAGUAAGAGUGAGCCGUAUUCCCCGCCCACUCCGCCCGGAACUCCGCACAAGGACCGGAAACACUCGUCUCUUGUGGAUAAACAGGAGUUACAGAGCAGAUACCAGGGACAUCUAAUGCCUCCUUUCUUCCCGCCAAAACGCAUGUCACCCUUACAGAUCGACACCAGCUAUGGUAACACACCCACCCAGGUACCGAUCAGAAGUGAGUCAUUCACCGAGGGUCAGCCCUCAGAACCCCCUCCCUCCCCUGGGUUCUUUAUUCCCACUACUGCAGAGCUCACCGACCAACAAAAGGGAUACAUCCGGGAUAUUGUUCAUCGACUUAGUACCGAAAAUUCAACACGGCCAAUUGCACCCGAGACUGCCGUGUCCAGUCCUCAACCAUUUCCCUUGCAAGAUCCUGCAAACUUUCGGCUUAAAAGGCAAAUAUCUACUGAAAGUUCCGACUCAGCUGACAUCAAGUUUUCCAGCAAAGGUCCCACGAAACGACUAAAUACUUCACCAAAGCGAGAACAUGUCAGACCGGAAGAAAACGACAACAAACUGUUACAGAAACUGGACCCGCUUAAACUGUGUAGUCCUGCCAAAACACAAAUAUCCCCUCCGCCAUACACCGCUACUAUUCAAUGGGUACUGAAACAGGAAGAUCCGAACCCGAGCACGGAGGAAGAUUUUAUUCCGGCUUCGAAAAUAAUACAGAAUCAACAGCCCGAAAAAACAGUUAUGACGACUAGUACCCCCAAUACUGAGCACCAGAGCCGAGAAAGAAAUGACUCGUUUUCGUCAAAGGACUUCCACCAGGAAAUGAUGGGGGGAUUCCAAGGAAGAGGUAGAGAUCCUACCACUACUGGUACAACUACAAAAUCUAAUAACCCCAUGGUCACCGAACGAGGCUUUGUCUUUCCCAAGGUUCCCAGUGUAUCCGACCCCAUACCAUUUAGUCCACGGAUAGUCGGAAACCCCCCUCAGUUCAAAGCUAGAAAUCCUCCUCCUAAGAAUGUAUUGGAAUACAUUAAAUCUGAGUUGGAGAAACCCCCUAGCCUUGAUGACGUCAGUAGUGACAGUGUCUUUGGCAGCAGCGCCUCGCCUCCAGAAUACAGACAAAACUACAUAGGACUGUUGAGACACAAGGCCCUCAGGAGCUUUAGUGACAUCGAACGCUCGCCGUCUAAAUCUGAAACAGAGGAAAUUCAGGCUAUCUUGCGCGAGUUGAAACGAUGUCUAUCAGACCCGACCUUUACCUCGCCCAGUCAGAAAGCGAUGCUUCGUGAGGAGCGACUCGUGCGUGGGUUUUUCCCGUCAAACGAUUUAUCGGAGGAGGAAUCGCCGCCUGACUCAUUUGAUCACGUGGAGGAUCAUGCUCAUAUCAACGCUGAGCUUCGGCGGAUGAAUUCGUACAUGAAAAGUCAGUUAGAAGCCAUGAAAAAGCAUCAUGCUAAGCGACAGCUCUUUUCACCUCUCUCCAGCGAAGGUUCCCGUUCCAGCAACACGUAUCAACAGCAAGACAAUCCGGAAGAGUUCGCUCGUUGGAUUGUAGAAGAGCUUCGCACAAUGUCCGCUCAACGUCAGCCAAUGUACGAAAACCCAGGGGCCGCCGACAGAGGGCGAGGUCAGUAUGGAGAUAGAUUGGAUGGCUCUGCCGCCGCGGCCUGUACCUCGGCGUACUGUAAACAUCGACAAGACAAGAGUCCGGUUCAACAGUUCCUGCCUCCACCGACUGCGUCGCCGCGACAACGCCAACCCUCGCCGUCAGCAAGGAUGUCGGCGCCAUCGCCAUCCCCGUGUGCUUCUAGCGGACCGGGUCAGGGGUCCUCGCCAUGGACACCGACAACACCGAGAAAACGGAAACGAGAACAAGUGGAGAUGAGGAUAGCCUGUGAAUCAAUUGCCGAGGAAUCCGAUCACGUGACAGAAACGUUACGGUCAUUGGAGCAUGCGCCAGCGCUAGGAAGAAAAUGUAAAUGCGCUUCAGUUGAAGAAGAAAUUCUACAGAUGGCUGUUGAUGCUUAUGCAAAAAUACGUCGUGCAGAUGACAGCCCGAAAUCCUUUAAUAGGUUUCAGGGUGAAUUAUGUCAAACAAACAACAGAAUUCUUGAUGCAAUGAAAAUUCUCAGCGCCAUUAAAGCUAUAUGUAAGCACGGCAGAACAAUCGACGAUAUUUAUCCCGGAAGUAUUAUUUUCGUCAUUUCCUGUCCGUCGGUGACGUCACUGGAUGAAUUAUGGAGGAUGUACGUGACAGGAGACUUGUGUCGGCUCGUGAAUGAUGGGUUUCUGACGGACAGUAUUCGGACGAAACACCAAGCUUAUGACGUCAGAUUGAGGGUUGAAAUCUCUAAGGAACAGUAUAUACGUUGUAGAAAACGAUUAGCGGAGUCCAACGCCCUAGAGUCCUCUUUCUCUAAAAGCGACACAGAGAUAAUGUCUAUCGGCAGCUGCUCCAAAGAAAACAUCUCCUCUCCCUACAGACGAAAAACGAUCAAGAAUUUGACCGUUGUGCACAUGCGCAGUAGCUCGGAACCUACUCACCACACCCACUCUCCGUCCAAUAGCCCUAGUUAUGUCUGCUCACCAUUUUCCCCACGUGACCGGAAGUUUUCUUAUCCGGUUGCCGGGGAACAGUCACCACGCAGGGCAUUCCAAGAAUUGCAAUUCCCGUCAUCCCCUACCCUACGCCGUGUUUUCAACUUCGAUCUGACCUUGACGCCAUCAUCAACGUCACCAAAACGCAAGAGUUUUGCUGAACCUCCGCCUUGGGAGAACGAUACCGAAAACGAGGCUGAUACACUGACGUCUCCCAAACGUUUUAAUUAUGGGAACAACUCUUACUUCAGGUUUUAACCACACAUGUGUUACACUAUCCUUCUUGAUAGUGGGAAAGGCUUCCAAAGGAAGCCAUACUGUAUGGCCGUGUUCAGGACUUUGACUUUUAUUGUUUUGUAUGUUGUAGUUAUAUAGGUGAUUAUUUGACUGUAGAUAUUAUUAACUGUUCAUCUGACGGUUUCUAUAUCUUUUUCUAGUAUUAAGCCACUGAACAGAUUUUUAUGGGGUUUUUAUUUACCCAUUGUAACGUUCAUAAAGCAGCAAGUUGAUAUAAAAUACAUUGUAUAUGCAUAUUUUUGACAAAAUAUAAUUUGUGCUGAAGUUCGUGCUAUUUUAAAGAUAGAGGUUAAUAUCGUUUUUUCUCAAGCCUUAUAUUUAUUGUUUAUUGUAUAUGCUUGCAUAAUUAUAACAUUUUUAAUUGGUUUAAAAAGUUGACCAACUUGUA